AUGUCCUAUCACGGCUCUGUAAAGUUUAACGCCCCAAUCAGUAAAGAGUCUCCGUCGUUUCUUGGGGAUUGUGAACUAUUAGGAAAAUUCAUCCCCAACUGCGCUCAAGUACUCCAACCUCUCACGGAUCUGCUGAAAGGCAGCCCAAAACACUUCCGAAUGACAUCAGAGGCUGAGUCCGCGUCCACGGAAGUGAAACAACUGCUUUCCAGGGCGACUACCCUAAACCACCUCGACACUUCCAGCUAG